AUGGCACCCGGAAUACUAGAAACGAGCUCGGACAACACGCGGAGCCAUGACGGCAACAUCGAGACUACCGAAGGCGUCAUUGGCGCAAACUGCGUCGACCGUAUAACCCUCCUCAAGAGCAUGCCCGAGGUCCCAUCACAAACCCAGGUCUGCAUCGUGGGCGCUGGUCCAGCCGGCUUGAUGCUCGGCGCAAACCUGUCGAGAUUCGGCAUCAAGGCCCAGGUCAUAGACGAUCGUGCGGAUCCAACACCUGUAGGAAGGGCUGAUGGCUUGCAACCAAAAACCAUCGAGACCUUCAGGCAGAUGCGCCUGGUCGACCCCUUACUGCAGCGGGGCGUCCGCGUUUAUGACAUCUCUUUCUGGCGCUCAACAGCCGACGAGCCCCUCCGCCGGCUGGGCCGUGAAGUCCACUACCCGCCCGUCAUCGAUGUGUUGGACCCGUACAUCCUGCUCGUACAUCAGGGAAUGGUAGAAAGCUUGUUCAUCGAGGACAUGAAGAAGCGCGGGGUUGAGGUCAAGAGAAACUGUGCCUUUGAGUCGUACAGCGCGUGCGACGCCUUGAUGUCCAAGAAGGUCGGCGCAGCGCUUCAGAUCAAUACCAGGGUGAAUGUGACUCAGGACAAGAGAACGAUAUUGGCACAGUACCUUGUUGGAUGCGACGGCGCACACUCAAAGGUACGGAAGAGCAUCCCCGAGGCGCGGCCGGUGGGCAUGUCGCAGCCUGUUGUCUGGGGUGUGCUGGAUGGGGAACUCGAAACCGACUUCCCAGAUAUCUGGUCCAAGACGCUGGUCUUCUCGCAGGAAUUCGGCUCUAUUCUCAUCAUACCCCGGGAACGCAACAUGACCAGGUUCUACAUCGAGCUCAAGAGCGGGAUGAAGGAGGACAAGAAGAUCCUGGGCCAGGAGUUCAUCAUGGCGCGCGCAAAACAGAUCAUGGCACCGUUCAGGGUCAACUGGAAGUACAUCGAAUGGUUUGGGCGUUACCAGAUCGGCCAGAGGGUUGCCAGUCGGUUCUGCGACUCUCACCACCGUGCAUUCCUGGCAGGCGAUGCCAGUCACACCCACUCACCCAAGGCGGCGCAGGGUAUGAACACCUCGAUGCAUGACUCCUGGAACCUGGCGUGGAAGCUGAACCUCUCUGUCCGGGGACUGGCGAAGCCUACGCUCCUGGAGAGCUACGAGGAAGAGAGGAGGAAGAUCGCGCUGGACCUGGUCAAUUUCGACUACGAGCAUGCCAACCAGAUCGCCGCCGGUGACGCGGUGACGCUGGCUGAAAACUUCAAGACCAACGUCCGAUUCAUCUCCGGCAUUGGUGCCGAGUAUGGCGAGAACUCCAUAAACAUGCUGGAGAGCCAGACGUGGCUGCUGGGCGAGGCCAAGCCAGGUUGCCUGCUCCCCCCGGCCAAGGUGACCCGGUACCUGGACUCCAACCCAGUGGACAUCCAGCUCGACAUCCCCAUGCUCGGGCAGUUCAGGAUAUAUCUACUCAUGUGGGACGUGCACCAGGCGAAGAUGUUCCUAGAUAACUUCUGCGACGCAUUGGCAGCGGACAACUCGCUCAUCCGCCAGCUCUCAGUAGCAGCCAGCCUGUCGUAUGCGGCACAGCCGAGAAUGCCCGCCCCUGAGGAUAUAUACGUCCGACCGGAGAGGUACACUGCCGUCAGCCACCUGUUCACAUUUGGCCUUAUCACAACCAUGCCCAAAUCUGACAUUGAGAUCUCCGACCUGCCGCCCCUGCUGCAGGACAGCCGCUGGACGUUCUAUCUGGACGACAUUCCCGAACAGGACACGCGCGGCUCGCUGUGCACAAACAAGUGGCUGGGCAGCCUGGGGCCCGGAGAGGUCGCCAUUGUCACUGUGCGCCCGGACGGCUACGUCGGCAGCCUGGGCAGGUGGGACACAAGCGUCGACGACGCCGGAGAGGAGGCGGCCAAGUGGCUCGACACGUAUUUCGACCGGUUCCUGCAGAUCCCCGAGGUGCUCAGGAGUCCCUCCCCGAACGCCUCCGUGUCUGCCACCAGCACUGUCAAUGGGGCGAAGCGGGUGAAGGUCGAGGAGAUGGAGGGUGUGAACGGCACCUCCUGA